AUGGAUGUUUAGCAAAAGAGAAAAGUUUAUAACUAAAAGUAUUUGAGAAUUAAAAAGAUCAAUGAGGGUUCAUUUGGCAAAAUUAUCCUCUGCGAGCUUGUUGACUAAAAGGGUUAAUAUUGUGUAUUGAAGAAGUUCAAGGUCACCUAAUAGAGUGCUAUUGAUGAGUUAAGUAUAAAGGAAAUCUAUUACAUGAAAAAACUUGAUCAUCCUAAUUUAGUCAAAUCUGAUGAUAUUUUCAAAAUUAAAAAAUCCUACAAUGGCUAAGAUUUCUUCGAAUAACUUUACAUGCAUCUUCCUUAUUAUUUGGAAAUGUCAGAAGUCCCUAGAGAAAAUUUAUCUGUAGAAGCAAUCAAAAUAUUAAUCAAGCAAUUAAUUGAAGCUGUUCAUUUCCUUCACCAAAAGAAAAUUAUUCAUAGAGACAUCAAGCCCAGUAACAUAUUUUUAGACAAAACUGGAAAACUUUUAUUAGGUGAUAUGGGUAUUUCUAGAGAUUUCCCUGAAAAUAAAGACUAAGAAUUAACAGGAAAUACAAUCACUCGUUUGUACAGACCUCCAGAAAUUCUAUUUGGAUGCAAAAAAUAUAAUGAAACUGUUGAUCUAUGGUCACUUGGUUGCACUAUCGCAGAAUUUUUCAUGGAUCACAAAAAAUACUUCUUUUAAGGAAAGAGUGAAAUAGAUCAACUAUGUAAAGUUUUUGAAAUUAGAGGUUCUGCUAAUGAAUAGAACUGGCCAGGCUGUACUGAGCUCCCCUAUUAUAUGGAUUUUGGAGAAUUAAAUUAAAAGGACUUAAGCUCUUUACUACCAAAAGCUCCUAAAGAAUGCAUAGAAAUAAUAGACUCUUUGCUAUAGUUGUGUCCUCAAAAGAGAGCUAAAAUCGAAGAUAUUAUUUAGAAUAAAUGGCUUUAAUCAACCACUGAAUAAGGAUUUUAAGAGCUAAAAUAAUUUGCUGAAAAUAAUAUAUAAUCUAAUAUUCAUAAAAUUUUACAUCCUCCUGAAAGAUUUUGA